AUGAGUUGUGAGAAACGUAAGAAGUUGUUUGUGUCAGUUGAAGAGAAACUCCGUGCUAUCAAGCGUAUUGAUGCUGGUGAAACGGCGAAAAAGGUUGCCUUCGAGCUAGGAGUUGGGACAAGUACCGUUUCAGACUGGAGAAAAAAUCGGGAACAAAUUGAAAAAUGGUGCACCUCUCAACCUAGUGUAAGCGCAAGUAAGGUGAGAAAAACAAUGCGUACCGGUAAACAUAACGAAGUUGAAGAGGCGUUAUUUUUGUGGCACGAACAUUUAAGAGGUAAAGGUGUUCCUGUUAAUGGCCCCAUGCUCCAAGAAAAAGCUAAGUUUUUCAAACGUGAAAUUGAGGGGGAUGAUGGAAAAUUCGCUGCCAGUGACGGAUGGUUAGAUCGCUGGAAAAAGCGAUAUGGAGUUCGGCAAUUGUCCGUAAGUGGGGAAGCUUUAUCUGGGAACAAAGACGCUGUCCCAGAAUUUAAGACUUUCCUUCAUAAUCUCCUUGACGAAGAAGGAAUUACCGGCGAUCAGUUGUACAACUGUGAUGAAACUGGCUUGAACUAUAAAAUGUUGCCCACUAAAACGCUUGCCUCAAAAAAAGAAGCUGCUGCACCGGGGUACAAAAAAAGCAAGGAAAGAGUCACGGUGUUAGCUUGCUGCAAUGUCACUGGCAACCACAAGCUCAGGUUAACUCUGAUUGGAAAAUCAAAGAAGCCUAGGGCCUUCAAGAAUUUGAAGAAAGACGAAGUGUUGCCAUUAUGGUACACUAACCAGCAAAAGGCUUGGAUGAAUUCGGCUAUUUUUAAGACUUGGUUUUUUAAUGAAUUUGUUCCAAGUGUAGAAAAACAUCUAGCAGCUAACAACCUGCCGAGAAAAGCAAUUCUGUUGUUAGAUAAUGCUUCAACUCACCCCAUUGCUAACGAGUUAAAGGACGAGGACAUUAAAGCGGUUUUUUUGCCACCAAAUGUCACUGCCCUUUGUCAGCCAAUGGACCAAGGAGUACUUCAAGCACUUAAGUUGAAAUACCGCCACCGACUUCUUUCUCACAUCAUAUCGGCAAUAGACCUUGAUGAAGAUUAUAUCACUGCAUUAAAGAAAAUUGAUGUCUUGGAUGUAAUUAGGUGGGUGGCUGAAGGAUGGGAAGAAAUCCCGCCCAUGACGAUUGUUUCAUCGUGGAAAGCUCUGUUAGACCACGAGGGCAACAAAUUCACGGAGAUUGACGGCGGGGAAUUUAAACACGACGAGAACCAUGUGGAAACAGAAAAUGUUGUCUCACUGUUGGAGAAAAUUCCUGGAUGUGACGAAGUUAAUGAAAGUGAUGUACUAGAGUGGAUGAACAAUGACGACGAAGAUGAAAUCACCGACGACGACUUCAUAAGAAUGGUGUCAAAUGACGACGAAGUGGUGGACGAAGAGGACCUACCUGAGCCCAAGCCAACCAUUCCACACUCGGAAGGGUUCAAGAUGCUGGACGGAGCCCUGGAGUACGUCAGUCGUCUAGAUGGCGUGUCUGCUGCCGACAUAAUGUGCUUACGGAAGCUGAGGGACAUGGCGGCAAAACAACGAGCCAAGACGGUAAAGCAGGCCACGAUAAAAGACUUUUUCAAAACAUAA